AUGGACCCAAUCCGCCUUUUCCAGAUUGAUAGAGAAACACAGGGAAUUGCUACGCCAUAUGGCACCGCAUCAGCUAUCCGCGAUCUCGAAGUACAAUACAUUGCCGAUUACACAGUAUCAGAGGAAAUAGCCAAGUUCUUCAGCGAAACAAGAUUCGAUCGCAAAAGCCUGGUGACUAUCUUCGAGAGACUGGAACAUCUGGACUCCAUCACGUUUGCGUACGAUGGCAUGCACGAGAAAUAUGCGAAGUUCAGUACUCGGUAUUGCAAGAGCAGCCAGCAGGAAAUGUCGCGGCCAUUUGUCUCCACCAUGUCUGCGAUUGCGGAAUCGAAAGUGCAAGUUCGACGUAUUCAGGUAGACAGCGACAAAGCCUUCGGCGCAGUCAGUAUCGGCAAGUUGGAAACGCUGGCUCCUUCGCUCCGUUAUUUCGACCAUGCCUUUGAGAAGCUGGAUACACUGCAAUUGCAUCUCCGGGAUCUACGCUCUUCAGUCUCAGGCUUCGAGAUAGACACUACACGCGCGCCGUUCGUCGUGCGCUUCCUGGCUAAAGCACGGAAUGUAAGGAACUUGGAACUGAGCUGUUACAGCAUCUUGGAAAUGGAUGUGUUUGGGGAAAUGGCACGGCAUUGCCACUUUGAAAGGUUGGAGGAGUGUAAACUUUCCGUUAUGCGGAUCAUGAACGGCGACGACCUCAUUACACUCCUGCAGCCGGCAGAGGAUACGCUGAGAUCGUUGAGUCUGAGGUACAUCAUGAAUUCAGAUCCCUACAACACGUGGUGGCACAUUCUGAGCCGCAUUGCUAAAGAGGAGGACGUGCUGCCGCGUUUGGAUCAUUUGCAUUUGGGCUGCUUGAUUUCCGAUUCUUGGCGCAGGGUAUGGAUGAAUGAGCUGCAGGUGCAAAGCUUUGCUGGGAACGAUUGGCGGGGACAUUUGUCUGAUGCUCUGGAUCAGUACAAGACGAAAGCAGCAGAUUCGUCGUGGAGCCUAGGCGCUCUUGCAUAUCCGUUUGUUGGCUUGAGCGUGUAA